AUGCUAAGGAACACAAAGGUGUUGGAGUUGCCUGCAUCCCUGCUGACUGCAAGCCUGGUGGUCAUCGACUUGACAGCUUCAGAGAUUGUCAGCCUACCUGUGCAGGUGGCAUACCUUCAAUCUGCAAGGGUGUUGCGGCUGGAUGACUGCAAAGAUUUGUCAUGCCUGCCAAAUGAAUUGGGCGAUAUGGAACAGCUUACUGUGCUGUCCAUUCGGAGAUGCCAGCGCAUCUGUGAACUGCCAAAGUCCAUAGGGAGGCUGUCGAAUGUAACAAAGCUACUUAUGCCCAGUUGUGGAUUUGCGCGCUUCUUGCCAAUGGAUGAGGGUGCUUUGCAGAGUUUGACCAUGUUGGAUCUGAGCAGAUGCUUUGGCUUGAAAUUCUUGCCUUCCACUUUGGGGGAGCUGACCAGUUUGACGGCAUUGGAUUUGGAUGGUUGCUGGCAGCUGACGUCACUGCCAUUUUCCAUUGGGCAGUUGGGACAGUUGGAGGUGCUGCUCUUGCAUGGAUGCGAAAAUCUUGUGGAAUUGCCCUGUGUAGUGACCCUCCUUGGCAAGUUGGCAGAGCUGGAUGUCCAAGGAUGUACCAAGCUGAGGUCCCUGCCUCAAGGUCUUGCAGAUGGGUGCCCUGAGCUCAGAGUGUUGCGCCUUCAGAGGAUUUCACAGAUGAUUUUCCCAGAGAUUGUUGUGGACUUGCAACUAUUGGAGGUGUUGGGUGUGCACGAUGAGUGGAAACUGCCAAGUAGUGUCAGUGAAAAAUUGCUUGACCAUGAGAUGCCCUUGGAGCUGUUGGAGCAGAAGCCAACAGAGGAGUACGCUUCCAAGGAGUGCUUGGAAAGGGAUACACCUCUCCACUGGGCUGCAGCAUUGGGACUGACUGAAAUGGUGAAAUUUCAUCUGAGAGAAACCAGCGCGGACGUUCAGAGCAGUUAUGGCUAUAUGCCACUCCAUAGAGCAGCACAAGGCGGACACAGAGACACCGCAGAGUUGCUCCUGGAUAAUCAUGCAUCUGUCGAUCCAAAGGACCAGGAUGGUGAUACGCCACUCCAUUGGGCAGCGCAGUAUGGACACACGGCCACCAUGGAAUUGCUCCUGGACAGAGAUGCAUCUGUCGAUGCAAUGGACCAGGCUGGUGAUACACCACUUCACAGCGCGGCACACUUUGGACACAUGGCUGCUGCAGAACUGCUCCUGGAUAGAGGAGCAUCUGUCGAUGCUGUGGCCCAGGAUCUUGGCUACACCCCACUCCAUAGUGCUGCACAGGGCGGGCACAGAGCCACUGUGGAGUUGCUCCUUGAUAGAGGUGCAUCUCUCAAUAGGGUGGACGAGUCUGGUGACACGCCGCUCCAUGUGGCUGCACAAUAUGGGCACACAGCUACUGUGGAGCUGCUCCUAGAAAGAGAUUCAUCCAUGAAAUUGCCCGGCCAGGAUAACGAUGCACUGCUCCAUUGGGCGGCACAGGGUGGACAUUCAGCCACUGUGGAAUUACUCAUAAGAAGAGGUGCAUCUAUCGAUGUGGUGGACCAGGCUGGCUACACACCACUCCAUAGGGCUGCACUUGGUGGGCACACAGCCAUUGUGGAGUGGCUCCUAGACAAAGGUGCAUCUGCUGAUGUGCCAAGCCAGGAUGGCUACACCCCACUCAGUAGGGCAGCGCAGGGUGGGCACUCGGCCACAGUAGAGUUGCUCCUGGAUAGAGGUGCAUCUGUCAAGACAAUGAGCCAGACUGGCGACACGCUGCUCCAUUUAGCAGCACAGGGCGGGCAUACAGCCACAGUGGAGGUGCUCCUUGACCGAGGUGCACCUGUGGAUGCGCCAAACCAAGGCGGCUACACGCCGCUGCACAGGGCGGCACUGGGCAGACACACGCGCUCUGUUAAGUUGCUCCUGGACAGAGGUGCUUUUGUCAAUGCACCGACCCAGAAUGGCGACACGUUGCUCCACUGGGCAGCACAGAUCGGACACACAGGCGCUGCGAAGCUGGUCCUGGACAGAGGUGCAUCUGUCGAUGUGGUGAACAAUGAUGGCUGCAUGCCACUCCACUGCGCAACACAGGGUGGGCACACAGCCGUUGUGCAGCUGUUGCUAGAUAGAGGUGCUUCUGCAAAUGCGCCAACACAGGGAUGCACACCACUCCAUUGGGCGGUACAGGGGAGACACACAGCCAUAAUGGAGGUACUCCUAGACCGGGGUGCAUCUGUCGAUGCAGUAGACCAGGAUGGCUACAUGCCACUGCAUUGGGCGGCACAGAGUGGAUACACAGCCACUAUGGAGCUAUUGCUGGACAGAGGUGCAUCGGUGGAUGCAGUGGGCCAGUAUGCCUACACACCACUCAAUUGGGCAGCACUGGGUGGACACACAGCCAUCGUGGAGUUGCUUUUGACCAGAGAUGCAUCUGUCAAUGCAACGGACCAGGUUGGAGACACCCCGCUGCUGCAAGCAUCCACCAAUGGCCAUUUAAACAUUGUUGAGAGGUUGCUGGGCUGUGGCGCAAACGUGGAUGCCAUCAACAAUGCAGGAGAGACCGCAUUAAUUGUGGCGGCGAGAAAAGGGAAAAAAGCGGUUGUGGAUUUGCUACUGAAGUGGAGAGCACGAGCAGACGUCAUAGACAAGAGUGGACAAGGGGCGGCAGUGUACGCAAUGAAAAGCGGAGACCUGCAGCUGGCCGAAAUGCUGGAGGUAGCAGCGAGGAAGCAAUAUUGUACAGGAAACGCCUCUCCAGGCCGUGCUGGUGAUGGAGCUGCGAGUAGUCGAUGA